GGGGUAGAGGAGUGCGAGCUCCUGCCCUUCCUCGACUCUGCUUCUACUCUCUCUAAGUCAACAUGAGCCGAAACUUUAGUUCCAGGUCUGGCCGCCGGAUUGGAGGGGGCUUCAGCUCUGGCUCUGCUGGGGUGGUCAGCUUCCAGCGCAGGACCACUAGCAGCUCUGUGUGCCGUGGUGGGGGAGGUGGUGGGGGAUUUUCAGGGGGAAGAUAUGGUGCUGGCUGUGCUGGCGGUGGUUUUGGAAGUCGGAGUCUUGUUAACCUCGGUGGCAAUAAGAGCAUCUCCAUAAGUGUGGCUAGAGGAGGUGGACGUUGUGGUUUUGGUGGUGGUUAUGGCGGUGGUGGCUUUGGGGUUGGUGGCUAUGGUGGUGGUGGCUUUGGGGGUGGUGGCUUUGGGGUUGGUGGCUUUGGGGGUGGUUUUGGCAGUGGCGGUUUUGGGGGUGGCUUUGGCAGUGGAGGUGGUUUUGGUGGAGGUGGUUUUCGGGGUGGUUUUGGGCCUGUCUGCCCCCCUGGUGGCAUACAGGAAGUCACCAUCAAUCAGAGCCUUCUGCAACCACUCAAUGUGGAGAUUGAUCCUGAGAUCCAAAGAGUAAAGUCUCAAGAAAGGGAGCAAAUUAAGACCCUCAACAACCAAUUUGCCUCCUUUAUUGACAAGGUGCGGUUCCUGGAGCAGCAGAACCAGGUGCUGCAGACAAAAUGGGAGCUGCUGCAGCAGGUGGACACCCCUACGAGAACCCAGAGCCUAGAACCCAUUUUUGAGGCGUAUAUCAGCAGUCUUAGACGGCAAGUGGACCAGCUGAAGAGUGACCAAUCUCGGAUGGAUUCAGAACUGAAGAACAUGCAAGACCUGGUGGAAGAUUACCGGAACAAGUACGAGGAAGAGAUCAACAAGCGGACAAAUGCAGAGAAUGAAUUUGUCACCAUCAAGAAGGACGUGGAUGCUGCUUAUAUAACCAAGGUGGACCUGCAGGCCAAAGUUGACAACUUGCGUCAGGAAAUUGAGUUCCUCAGAAUACUCUACCAAGAGGAGCUGUCUCAGUUGCAGACACACAUCAGUGACACUAAUGUCAUCCUGUCCAUGGACAACAACCGGCACCUGGACCUGGACAGCAUUAUCGCUGAGGUCCGUGCCCAGUAUGAGGACAUCGCCCAGAAGAGCAAGGCGGAGGCUGAGGCGCUGUACCAGAGCAAGUAUGAAGAGCUCCAGAUCACUGCUGGCAGCCAUGAUCUCGUGGAGGAUUUUAAGAAGAAGUAUGAGGAUGAAAUCAACAGGCGCACGGCUGCUGAGAAUGAUUUUGUGACGCUUAAAAAGGACGUGGACAAUGCCUACAAGAUCAAGGCAGAUCUGCAGGCCAAGGUGGACGUGCUGACCCAGGAGCUUGAGUUCUUGCGAAUCCUCUAUGAUGCGGAGCUGUCCCAGAUGCAACAGAGUGUCACCGACAUGUCUGUGGUUCUGUCGAUGGACAACAACCGGCACCUGGACCUGGACAGCAUCAUUGCUGAGGUCCGCGCCCAGUACGAGGAGAUCGCCUUGAAGAGCAAGGCGGAGGCCGAGGCGCUGUACCACAGCAAGUAUGAGGAGCUCCAGGUCACUGCUGGGAAGCAUGGAGACAGCCUGAAAGAGAUCAAGGUGGAGAUCAGCGAGCUGAACCGCGUGAUCCAGAGACUGAAGGGGGAGAUCGCCCACGUGAAGAAGCAGUGUAAGAGUGUGCAAGAAGCCAUUGCCGAUGCUGAGCAGAGGGGAGAGAACGCCCUCAAAGACGCCCAGCACAAGCUCUCUGAGCUGGAGGAGGCCCUGCAGCAGGCCAAGGAGGACCUCGCCCGGCUGCUGCGCGACUACCAGGAGCUCAUGAACGUCAAGCUGGCCCUGGACGUGGAGAUCGCCACCUACCGCAAGCUGCUGGAGGGCGAGGAGUGCCGGAUGUCUGGAGACCUCAGCAGCAACGUGACUGUGUCUGUGACAAGCAGCACGAUUUCUUCAAACGUGGCAGCCAAGGCCGGCUUUGGAGGCUAUGGUUCUGGAAGUAGAGGAUCCAGUUCUGGGGGAGGAAGAUACAGCUCUGGAAGUGGCGCUUACAGCUCUGGAGGCAGAGCAUCUAGCUCCAGAGGUGGCAGUGGAGGGGGCUGUGGCUCUGGAGGAGGAUAUGGUUCUGGAGGCGGCUCCAGAGGAGGCUCUGGCUCUGGAGGAGGAUACGGUUCUGGAGGCGGCUCCAGAGGAGGCUCUGCCUCUGGAGGAGGAUACGGUUCUGGAGGCGGCUCCAGAGGAAGCUCUGGCUCUGGAGGAGGAUAUGGUUCUGGAGGCGGCUCUAGAGGGGGCUCCAGCUCUGGAAGAGGAGGUUCUAGCUCUGAAAGAGGUGGUUCUGGCUCAGGUGAAGGUUGCGAUUCCAGCGUGACCUUCUCUUUUAGAUAAAGAUGGAGUCCCGCCCUUGACUCUCCCACUCCAGAAUGUAGAAGCCUGUCUCUGUACAUCUAACUGACGGCAAGUCAAAGGUUGUCAUCUACCUCUGAUGGCAUUUGGAGGAAAGGGAUGCCCCCAUACAAUUUUUGAAAUAGCUUCUCUCUAAACCAAUUAGUUGCAGCCAGUGACACCCUGUGUCCCCUGGGGACGAAUCUGCAUUGUCUAGGUUUGUGCUUCCAGCCAGGCCCCCUUCCUGGCCCCUCCUUGCGUUGUUCACUUGGGGGUCCUUUUCCUGAGGAGUGUCCUGUUGAGGCUGCCAUCUCCAAGCCUGCGUUCCCCCAGCAGUGCCCCCGGGGAAACAAGUUUCUGUUUAUAUAGCCUUUCCUGCUGGCUCUGUAUCUAAAGUGCUGUGGUCGUGGUGUCUGCACAAUAAACUUUGUUUGCAAUUCA